GUGUCUGGGCCCAGUUGGGGAAGCCGAAACUGGGCGCCCAAGGAGCACCCCGUGAGAGGGCGGAGCACUCCCGUGCCCUGGGGCAGGGGGGCAGGGAGCUCCCGCGCCCGGAACGUUGCGAGCAAGGCUUCCGAGCGUCGCAGGGGGGCACUCGCGAGGGACGGACAGGAAGAGGGCCAGGGGGGACGCCAGAACCCGGGACCACAGCACGGAAACGGCCCGGGGCUGAGCUGCAGUCAGAUCCGGGGAUGGAGGGAGCCGGAGAAGAGGAGUGAGAAGGCCGGGGAGGCAGGCCCUGCUGUCCUCUUGCAGGCAGGCAGCCUGCUGUCAGUGGAGGACCAGGCCGCCCAGGAAAGGAAGGGGUCAGGAGGUCGGGCAGAGCCUCAGCAGGCUCAGACAAGGCCCAGCCCGAGAAGGGAGCUGCAGGCGCCCUGGUGUCCAGGGCCCAGGCGUUGCCCCGGUUGUCCAAAGAGAGCCUAGGCCAGGCCUCUGGUCGGGAAACUGAGUCACAGCCAGACCUCAGGGCACGGCCUAGACGUUUACGAGCCAACUUAGGGGUAGAGCGCAAGGACCUUCGGGGGUCUCAGAGAGUAGGGGGCUUCAGGGCCUCCCAGUCCACAGCCGGAUUGGCGAGUUAGACGCUUGUAGAUCCAAGGUUGGAUUGGGGUGGGGUCUCUGGGACGUUGGCUCGCUACUCAAGGAUUGGGGGGAUUCAAGUGCUUAGAGAUCGAAGUCUGGCCCUGGGUAGGGGGAGUCAGACAAUUGGAAAGCCUAGGUAGUUAUUUGGGGAGGGGUCUUUGCGCUUUGGCGAAGCGCAAAGCUGCGCCUUUUUGGCUUGAGGCCUUAGGCCUCGUCGAGAAGCUUCUGUGAAAGGGUGGGCCGGCCGGGCCAAGAGAAAAAAAGUGAAUAAAUCAGGACUAUAAGUGGGCGGGGGGCCCCUGAGAGGGGGUCACAAAGGGUGAGACAUGGCCACCAGGCGUUUAACCGACGCUUUCUUGUUGUUGCGGAAUAAUUCCAUCCAAAACCGGCAGCUGUUAGCCGAGCAAGUGAGUAGUCACACCACCUCCAGCCCUCUGCAUUCACGUAGCAUUGCUGCGGAGCUGGACGAGCUUGCUGAUGACCGUAUGGCACUGGUGUCAGGCAUCAGCUUAGAUCCAGAAGCAGCAAUUGGAGUGACAAAACGGUCACCUCCUAAGUGGGUGGAUGGAGUGGAUGAAAUUCAGUAUGAUGUUGGCCGGAUUAAGCAGAAGAUGAAAGAAUUAUCCAGCCUUCAUGACAAGCAUCUAAACAGACCCACCCUGGAUGACAGCAGUGAAGAGGAACACGCCAUCGAGAUAACUACCCAGGAGAUCACUCAGCUCUUCCACAGGUGCCAGCGUGCCGUGCAGGCCCUGCCGAGCCGGGCCCGGGCCUGCUCCGAGCAGGAGGGGCGGCUGCUUGGGAACGUGGUGGCCUCGCUGGCGCAGGCCCUGCAGGAACUCUCCACCAGCUUCCGGCACGCACAGUCGGGCUACCUCAAACGCAUGAAGAAUCGAGAGGAAAGAUCCCAGCAUUUUUUUGACACGUCAGUACCACUAAUGGAUGAUGGAGACGAUAAUACUCUUUACCAUCGGGGUUUUACCGAUGACCAGUUAGUGUUGGUGGAGCAGAACACACUGAUGGUGGAAGAGAGGGAGCGAGAGAUCCGCCAGAUUGUACAGUCCAUUUCUGACCUGAAUGAAAUAUUUAGGGACUUAGGAGCGAUGAUUGUAGAACAGGGUACAGUCCUUGAUAGAAUUGACUAUAAUGUUGAACAGUCCUGUAUCAAAACGGAAGAUGGCUUGAAGCAGCUUCACAAGGCAGAACAGUAUCAAAAGAAGAAUCGGAAGAUGCUUGUGAUUUUAAUAUUAUUUGUCAUCAUCAUUGUGCUCAUUGUUGUCCUCGUUGGUGUGAAGUCUCGAUAAGUGGCAUUGGGUUCUCGUGUGUGUCGCACGCAUGCAUCUCCCGGUGUGAGGGGCUUGGCCUGCGCGGGCCAGCUGCUGUCAGAGGUGCAGCCCCGAGGAAUCCGAGGGCGUCGGGGCAGAGAACCUUUCCAUCCACGGACUCCUCCUCCACUAGUCCUGCUCAAGCGGUCCGCGGAAUGGGCUUUUGUUUUUCCUUCAUUGUUGAGAAUUUAAGGACCUUUGAUACUGCUGCACAAUAGAGAUUGAGUUCUGUGAUCAGUUAUAAUAUAUAUUUUUCUUAGAGAAAGCGAGCUGGAUGUUUGCAGGGACUGCAGAAGCUGUUUGGUAUUACACGUGUAUGUGUAUAUGCUAUUUUUCUAGCAGCCAUGUCUGAGCAGAAUGUUAAAAUAAUUUUUGGAAAAAUUUUCUUUAAACCAUCUGGGUUUUAAGAAAUUUGGUACCAAAAAUUGAUGAGUAGAGGCAAAAAUGCCUCUUCAUCUUCUCUAUAUAUUUUCCAGUUGAAAACAACUAAGAAGUCCUUUAAGAAUUUAUAAUCCGUUCCCCAUUAACUUAAUUUAGCUUUUCCAUCACUGUUAAUGAUCAGAGUAACAAAGUGUGAAAAAUAAGAAACCAUCAUUGAUGUUAAUUAACACAUUUAGAUGGGCCAGUUAAAACAGCUUCAUAAGUUUAAAUUAAUUGUAAAUGGAAUAUUCCUUAUUUAAAAUUUUUGCACUGUGUUUUCUACUGUAAACCAAAAGGGGUUACUAAGCAAAACCACCUAAAAUUAAGUUGGCAAUUUGAAUGAAUCUCGCAUUAAAAGAAAGCUUGACAGUGUUAUGAAAGCCACCAGUCUCAGCCAGUGUGUCCCCGUGGGUAUCCCCAGCCUCCUUGCUCAAUCCAUUACUUAUAUACUAACUACAUAAUGACCUGUUCAAACCAGACUCUAUUUAAUGAACUGUGAAUUUACACAGAGGCCAUUUUAAAUGGGUCACCCCAUUUAGGAUUAGUGGAUCUCAAAUUAUUAACCAAACAUCACUCCAUUUCAAAGUAAAAUAUUCCACCAGUGAUUUGAUUUAUUGGCUCUUCCAUUGCCACUGAGCAAUGCCUAGGAAGCAGGCACAAUGCCAAGGACUGUGGGCAUCUUGACUAGGACGCUCCUCGUUUGUGUGAGUGUGGGUCAGAUCACCAAAGUAAGACUUCAUCUUUUUCCUACCUGUUAUCAAUAUGGUGCUCAAAUACAUUCCUACAACUGUAGAAUAGUGUGGAAAGGGAUGGGAAGUUUGAAGUUGUUCAUGUUUUAUUGGCCUUGUUUUAAUUGACACCAGUAGAGUUUUAAUGGUCUUUGUAUAAUUUUUAAUGGCUUUUUCCAUUGUUUUUGCUUCUCUUACAAAGUUUAAGAAGUGUAUGACCUCAUUCAAUGUACUGCAUUUUAUUUGGACCAGUCACAUAAAAUGUCUCUCUAGAGUUGACUUUGAA